AUUUUUUUAAUUGCAGCGUUAGAUACCGUCUUCACCAGUCAUCAAUGGUUGUUUUUUUAGAUAGUACACGCUCAAAGAAAUGUGUUACUCUACGCGCUGUGUUUGAAGCUUUUCCAGUGGGUGGAUGGUUUAUUUAAGGGGAAACCUCAAUUAUUGAUAUGGGAGCUGUUACCGUUUCUACAUCUUUGUCUUAGAGAAUAUUAGUUAGGAAGAAUCAAAUCCAAAUGAUGGGUUCGACUUCGUCAAUUAGAAAAUUAUUAUUAAUUUACACUGUGAUAAUUACAAAAUCCGGAUUUUGCCAAAGAAAUAUGUUCAGGACUUUCAACCAACUCAUAAGGGAAACAAGUAUGAGUAGAAUGGGAAAUUUCGUCAUCAAAUACCCCGAACGAGCUGACAGCAGUGUGAGGACACAAAUAAAUUUCCCAAAGUCCUUGCCAUUUCCAUGUGCCAAUGUGACCAAACCUGGUAUAGGCCGUUCUCUGGAGAGACCUACAAGUGUUCAUAGACUGAGACCAGGAGAUAUUGACGUUAUUGGAGCUCUUGGAGAUUCUCUGGUGGCUGGGAAUGGAGCCAUGGAGGAGUUUGCCCUUGGAACAAUGAUAGAGUAUCGGGGAGUAUCUUGGUGUGCGGGGGGGCAAGGAACUUGGAGAGAAUUCCUCACUCUACCCAACAUUCUGAAGGAAUUCAACCCAAACCUCACGGGAUACUCAACGGGAACGGGGGAAUUCCUGUCAUCACAUUCGAAACUCAACGUUGCCUUCCCAGUUGCUGCAGAUGCUGACGCUCUUCGACAAGCGAAAAUCCUCGUGAAGAAGAUGAAGACUAAUCCAGAGAUCGACGUGAAGAGAGACUGGAAAAUGAUAACGAUAUUUUUUGGUGCUAACGAUAUAUGUUCUGGGCAGUGUUUCGAUCAAGAGGCAGCAUCCAGUUUCAACCAUGUGAGGAAGCUGGCUAGAGCUCUGGAUUAUCUGGAGAAAAAUUUACCAAGGACGUUGAUCAAUUUGAUACCUGUUUUAGAUGUAUCUGUCAGUUUGAGGAUAAAAAGAACAAUAAUGUGCAGAUUUCUGCAUAGACUCUUCUGCGAAUGCUUUCAUCGUGGGGGAAAUGAAAUGGACGUUAUAACCAGUUUGACCAAAGCAUAUCAAACGGCCGAAGAGGAAUUGAUAGCAAGUGGCCGAUAUGACAGAAGGGAAGAUUUUACUGUUGUUCUGCAACCAUUCAUGAAGUUGUUCAACGCCCCUGAUGACCCAGUACAUCGAUUUGACGAAGUCAUAGACAUCUCUUUCAUCACUCACGACUGUUUUCAUUUCUCUCAAAAAGGUCACGCAUUGGCUGCCAAUCUUCUGUGGAAUAAUCUGGUGGAACCGGUGGGGAGAAAGAGUACUAAGAAACUGAAGUAUAUUUUAGAGACUUUCGAAUGUCCCAAACCAAAUUCACCGUAUCUCUUCACAAACAGGAAUUCCAAAACCUUUCUGGAAAUAGGAUAUCAGUAAGGGAUACCAGUAUAACAUAAAGCUGUCACAUUUCACUUAUAGAAUGUACAAGAGAGGAUGACAUGAAGUUUGAAUUCCAAUGGAUAUCUUAUUUUGUGAGGAUCUGAAUGAAGCGAGGCUUUUGCUUUGAAAUAGCGAAAACAUAUCGUUUUCUUUGAUACCUGGACUAGACCAUUGUCCAGAAUAUGUUUUCAAACAACUAUACCAUUGUUAUAAUGAAGUAGAAAUAUUAAAACA